AUGUCUCAGGAGAGAGCCCAGACUAAGGACUCCCAAUCUUCCAAUGAUGCUACCUCGCAGUCUUGUCUAUCUCAGCCAGCUCACAGUCUCUCCUUUGAGGCUGUCAUCCGUGAGCUAGGCACAAACUCAGAUGAUGGCCUAACAUCUGCUGAGGUCAAGGAACGUCUUGAGAAAUAUGGACAGAACAUCUUGGAAGGAGACGAAGGCGUCUCCAUUGCGAAGAUUUUUAUUCGCCAAGUCGCCAAUGCAAUGAUGCUUGUUCUUAUCAUUGCCAUGGCAGUCAGUUUUGGCAUUCGGUCAUGGAUUGAGGGCGGCUUCAUUACAGCCGUCAUUUUGCUCAACAUAGUCGUGGGCGUGUACCAGGAUUUCGCCGCCGAAAAGAAUAUGGACUCUUUGCGAAACCUGAGCUCGCCCACUGGAGUGGUGACUCGCGAUGGAAAAACCGCCACUAUCCCUGCGAACGAGAUCAUUCCUGGGGAUAUGGUCGAACUAAAAGUUGGCGAUACAGUGCCUGCAGAUUUGAGAUUGACCGAGGCAUUUAACUUCGAAACCGACGAGGCCCUCUUGACCGGCGAAUCCCUCCCUGUUCAGAAAGAAGCGGACGCAGUCUUUGAUGCCGAUACGGGGCCCGGAGACCGAUUGAACAUCGCCUACAGUUCGUCCACCGUAACACGUGGACGUGCAAGAGGUGUCGUGGUUGGAACUGGUAUGCAAACCGAAAUUGGCGCCAUCGCUGCGGCCCUCCGAGGAGGUGACUCCAAGCGUCGUCCGGUCAAGCGUGGACCGCAGGGUGAAACAAAGAAGCGUUGGUACAUCCAGGCCUGGACAUUGACUACUACCGAUGCCAUUGGCAGGUUCUUGGGAAUCAACGUCGGUACACCUUUGCAGCGCAAAUUGUCCAAGCUCGCACUACUUCUGUUCGGCAUUGCUGUCAUCUUCGCGAUUGUCGUGGCAGGAUCCAAUGAGUGGCGUGGAGACAAUGAAGUCAUCAUUUACGCCGUGGCCACGGGUCUUGCUAUGAUUCCCGCUUGUUUGGUGGUCGUGCUCACUAUCACAAUGGCCGUGGGAACAAAGAAAAUGGUGCAGAGACACGUUAUCGUCCGCAAAUUAGACUCGUUGGAGGCUCUGGGUGCUGUGACCAAUAUCUGCUCGGACAAGACUGGCACUUUGACUCAAGGUCGCAUGGUUGCCAAGAGGGCCUGGAUUCCAUCUGUGGGAACUUACUCAGUCGGAUCGUCGAAUGACCCUAUGAACCCACAGGAGGGUGAUUUAAGCCUUCUUCAAGAACCUCCACUCAAACUGAACUCAGAAUCGACUGGGGAAGCAAGGACACCCGGAGAUCUAUUGAAAAAUAAUGAGCUUCUGGAAUCUUUCCUCAACGUUGCUGCGAUGGCGAACCUGGCACAUCUGCACAAAGACACAAACAAUGAAUGGCAGGCUCGUGGUGAGCCUACUGAUAUCGCCAUCCAGGUCUUUGCCUCACGCUUCAACUGGGGUGCUGAUCGCUGGACCAAAGGCGAGAAACCUACAUGGAUUCAGCGGGCCGAGUAUCCUUUCGACUCCAGCGUGAAAAAGAUGUCUGUCGUCUUUGAGAAACGCAAUGAAGACUCGGACUCAGAGAAGCUCCCGCAGAUGGUAUUCACAAAGGGUGCUGUCGAGCGAGUGAUCGACUCCUGCACAUCUAUCACCUGGAAAGAUGGAGCGUCCGUGCCUUUAGACGAGGAUAUUCGCGAUGAGAUUCUGCAGAAUAUGGAAGCUCUGGCGAAGGAAGGUCUGCGAGUUCUUUGCUUGGCUGGGAGAGAGCACACCCCUUGUAAUACUGACAACGAUGAACCUCUUCCACGCGAGGAAAUUGAGAAAGAUCUGGUCUUCUAUGGAUUGAUUGGUUUGUAUGAUCCUCCUCGACCCGAGACUGCCGGUGCAAUCGGCCAAUGUUACAAGGCCGGUAUCUCCGUCCACAUGGUCACCGGUGAUCACCCUGGGACUGCUCGAGCAAUCGCUGCUCAGGUUGGCAUUAUUCCAGCCAAUAUGGACAUGGUUGCAAAGGACGUUGCCGAUGCCAUGGUUAUGACGGCUGGCGAAUUCGACAAAUUAACCGAAGAUGAAAUCGACAAUCUGCCCACCUUGCCACUCGUCAUCGCUCGAUGCGCACCGAAUACCAAAGUUCGCAUGAUCGAGGCGCUGCAUCGUCGCGGUCGCUAUGUAGCCAUGACAGGCGACGGUGUCAAUGAUUCGCCAUCGCUCAAGCGGGCCGAUGUUGGUAUUGCGAUGGGUCAGAACGGAUCUGAUGUUGCCAAGGAUGCUUCGGAGCUAGUCUUGAGCGACGACAACUUCGCUUCUAUCAUUAAUGGAAUUGAAGAAGGACGUCGGAUUUUCGACAACAUUCAGAAGUUUGUGCUGCACUUGCUGGCUGAAAACGUCGCAUUGGCAUUGACUCUGCUCAUCGGCCUUGCCUUCAAGGAUGACAGCAAUCAAUCCGUCUUCCCUAUUGCCCCCGUUCAGAUCAUCUGGAUCAUCAUGAUUACCUCUGGUCUGCCAGAUAUGGGCCUAGGAAUGGAAGCAGCGGCACCGGAGGUGAUGGAUAGGCCACCUCAAAGCAAACAAGGUAUCUUCACCUGGGAGAUCAUUGUAGACACCCUAGUCUAUGGUGUCUGGAUGGCAGCUCUCUGCCUAUCAGCGUUUGCCCUCGUCAUGUUCCGCUGGGGUGAUGGCAACCUCGCCAUGGGCUGCAACACGCAAUACAACGACCCCAACAAGCCCUACACCUGCGAUACCGUAUUCCGCGCCCGUGCAACAACAUUCACUUGCAUGACCUGGUUUGCCUUAUUCCUCGCGUGGGAAAUGAUGAACCUGCGUCGCAGCUUCUUCCGGAUGAAGCCCGACUCCAACCGCUACUUUACCCAAUGGAUGCACGACAUCUGGCACAACCAGUUCCUCUUCUGGGGUAUCAUGGCCGGCUUUGUGCUUGCUUUCCCUAUCAUCUACAUCCCCGUCAUCAAUCACAGCGUUUUCAAGCAUUCGGCCAUUUCGUGGGAAUGGGGUAUUGUAUUUGUUGAGACGGUGCUUUUCUUUGCUGGAAUCGAGUUUUGGAAGUGGUGCAAACGUGCUUAUUUCCGUCGCCAGGCGUUCAAGCAGCAGAAGAAGGGUGAUCAUAUUCAAAAUGGAGAUCGCCGUGGGUUGAGGGACUUUAGUCGCUAUACCACAAUGGAUCGGUCCGAGACACAGGCAACUGGAGUUGAGAAAGUUGAGAAAUCACUGGUUUGA